UCGCUAUGCCAACUUGCUCUCUCAUCUCCAUUUGGCCCUUUUGUGCGCAGCGAGGUCACUCACUCCCGCAAUAUGGCUGUGAAUGUCAAAGAAUCUGAGGAGAUCGGCAUUUUGCAGAGCAAUCAGGUGAUGUUGCAAACAACGCACAUACCAGGGAACAGUUACAGCUGCAGUCCCAGCACGCCUAGAACAACAAGAGUAGAAAGGCUUCUGAGGGACAGGGAAUUGAGGAAAAUCAACAAGGUUUUCAGUUUGCCUGAGGUUGCAAGAGAUUUUAACAGAGACCCAGAACUCUUUGGAAAUGACCAGAUCCUAAGUGACCCUGAAAAUUGUGGCCUAUUCAAUGAGGAAGAGUUCUUAGAAGGACUUGUUGGAUGUGAAAAGCAAAAUGGGCAGUCUUCUAAACAGCGCUUGUUGGUAGUAGCCAACAGGUUACCGGUGUCUGCAGUUAGAAAGGGUGAAGAUUCUUGGCAACUUGAGAUAAGCGUAGGUGGACUAGUCAGUGCACUCUUGGGUGUGAAGGAGUUCGAUGCCAGAUGGAUUGGUUGGGCUGGUGUAAAUGUACCUGAUGAAAUUGGGCAAAAAGCGCUUACAAAAGCUUUAGCUGAAAAGAGGUGCAUCCCUGUAUUUCUUGAUGAAGAGAUAGUUCACCAAUAUUACAAUGGUUAUUGUAACAACAUCUUGUGGCCUCUUUUCCAUUAUUUGGGGCUUCCACAAGAAGAUCGCCUUGCAACUACUCGGAGCUUUCAAUCACAAUUUGAUGCAUAUAAGAAGGCAAAUCAAAUGUUUGCUGAUGUGGUAAACCAACAUUAUCAAGAGGGAGAUGUGGUUUGGUGCCAUGAUUACCACCUAAUGUUUCUUCCAAAAUGCCUAAAAGAAUAUAACAAUAAAAUGAAAGUUGGUUGGUUUCUUCACACACCAUUUCCCUCCUCAGAAAUACAUAGGACGCUCCCAUCUAGAUCGGAGCUUCUGAGAUCUGUUCUUGCCGCUGAUUUAGUUGGCUUUCACACAUAUGAUUAUGCAAGGCAUUUUGUUAGUGCUUGUACUCGUAUUCUUGGACUUGAAGGUACACCUGAAGGAGUGGAGGAUCAGGGAAAGCUGACUCGCGUGGCUGCGUUUCCUAUUGGGAUAGAUUCUGAUCGAUUCAUUCGAGCCCUUGAACUUCCUCAAGUCCAGGAAGACAUUAAAGAACUGAAAGCAAGAUUUGCUGGUCGAAAGGUGAUGUUAGGUGUUGAUCGUCUCGAUAUGAUUAAAGGGAUUCCCCAAAAGAUAUUGGCAUUCGAAAAAUUUCUGGAGGAAAAUCCAGACUGGCGGGAUAAAGUAGUUUUGCUGCAAAUUGCCGUGCCAACAAGGACAGAUGUUCCUGAUUAUCAACGGCUCACAAGCCAAGUUCAUGAGAUAGUUGGACGCAUUAAUGGAAGAUUUGGAACUCUUACUGCAGUUCCGUUACAUCAUCUGGAUCGAUCUCUUGACUUUCACGCAUUAUGUGCACUGUACGCUGUUACAGAUGUUGCACUUGUCACAUCUUUAAGGGAUGGAAUGAAUCUUGUUAGCUACGAGUUUGUUGCCUGCCAAGCUUCCAAGAAAGGUGUCCUCAUUUUAAGUGAGUUUGCAGGUGCAGCACAAUCCCUUGGUGCUGGGGCUGUUUUGGUUAACCCAUGGAAUAUAACAGAAGUUGCUGCUUCCAUCGGUUAUGCUCUGAAUAUGCUUGCAGAUGAAAGAGAGAAGCGGCACCAACAUAACUUCAUGCAUGUGACUACGCAUACAUCUCAAGAAUGGGCUGCAACCUUUGUGAGUGAGCUAAAUGAUACCAUUGUUGAAGCUCAACUAAGGACAAGUAAGAUUCCACCUGUUCUUCCAAUCAAAGCUGCAGUUGAUCGUUAUUUGCAAUCAAGUAAUCGAUUGCUCAUACUGGGAUUUAAUGCAACUUUAACUGAACCUGGGGACAUCCUUGGCAGAAGAGGAGGUCAAAUAAGAGAUAUGGAGCUUAAAUUGCACCCAGAGUUAAAAGAACCCUUGAAGAAGCUCUGUGAUGAUCCAAAUACCACAAUUAUUGUCCUCAGUGGAAGUGACAGAAGUGUCCUCGAUGAUAAUUUUGGAGAUUAUGGCAUCUGGCUGGCAGCAGAAAAUGGAAUGUUCUUACGUCUUACAACCGGAGAGUGGAUGACAACAAUGCCAGAAAGCUCAACAAUGGAUUGGGUGGACAGCGUAAAGCAUGUUUUCGAGUAUUUCACUGAAAGAACCCCACGAUCUUAUUUUGAGCAUCGUGAAACGUCACUUGUUUGGAACUACAAGUAUGCAGACGUGGAGUUUGGGCGGCUUCAAGCUAGGGACAUGCUGCAGCAUCUGUGGACAGGCCCGAUCUCUAAUGCUUCUGUUGAUGUGGUCCAAGGAAGCCGAUCUGUUGAGGUUCGGGCAGUUGGUGUCACGAAGGGUGCAGCAAUUGAUCGUAUCUUAGGAGAAAUUGUUCAUAACAAAGGCAUGAAGGCACCCAUUGACUAUGUCCUGUGUAUUGGACACUUUCUACAAAAGGAUGAAGACAUCUAUACAUUUUUCGAGCCAGAACUUCCUUCUGAAAAGCCAUCUUUACCAAGAGCCAAGAUACCAGAUCCUGGCAGGACAUAUGCACCAAAGUUUUCAAAUUGUAGAAGUGCGUCCAAGGCUCACCUUAGGAAACAAAGGUCCUUGUCAAUUUUAGAAAGGAGAGCAAGCAAUUUCGGAAGUGUAGGUGGUUGGCGGCCCAUAGUACACGAUAGGAUGUCCGUGUAUGAGGGUUCUUCGGUACUUGAUCUUAAGGGUGAUAAUUACUUCUCCUGUGCUGUUGCGCGUAAACGAUCAAGUGCUCGAUAUCUCCUCGGAUCAUCAGAUGAUGUUGUCGGUCUCUUAAAAGAGCUGGCUGAGUGUUCAACGGCAAGUUGAUUGUAACAAACCUCAUCCUCAUCGGGUUGCUGUUUUCUCAAUUCAAAGAGUAUUCUAGGUAGCAGAGGAUCAAGGACCCAACGGCCAGGGAAUAGUAACUUUAACAAGUUUUGACCUGCACAAAAGUGUUUUUUUUUUUUUUUGCUACAGCAUUUAUGCAGGAAGAAUAAUAGUUAGUGUUCCAUUUAAAUCCAUUCUGAUUCCAAUUUUUGGUAAACAAUCAACAAAGCUGAUGUAGCAAGAAGUACAUGAUUACAUGGAUCAACAGAUGUAUUCAUUCUUUAGGGAAAAAAUAGGUCAUGGUUCUUUUCUUUUACCAGUUCAAGUUUCUCUACUUUGUUACUUUUGAAUUUUGAUUCAUCUCCCGAUUUCUCAGAAUUCCCAUAUCAAUGGGGGGAAGGAGUGGAUUAUUAUCGGGUUUUUUUUUCUAGAAUUUUGUUGCUAACCUUAUGCUUCAAGUCGCUUCUCCCCAUUUAGGUUUAAUUAUAUGUAUUUUGCAUGUUUAUGCAUGACUUGGCCGUUACGAUUGAUUGAUAUCAACUACAAGAGACGAGGCAAAAGGGCAACACAACGACAAUUACAACAGUUUUCUCUCCCCAAAACAAUUUGGCUAUUCAUAAACUUUUCUAACUAGGAUGGAUUCUCAGUUACGGUUCUUACCAAAAGAAGUAACAAGCAGUCACAUCCAAGGGAUGCAAUAAGGUUCACCGAUUGAUGCAACUAGUUUUGCGAUUAAAACAUCCUUACAGAAGAUUUGCCAAAACACAAAGCAAGGCGACUGCAUCCAUGAAGAAGUCCAAAAUUAUCUAGAAUGUGAUCUGAGCUGCCAUUAUGUUGAUAGAAAAACCUUCAUCUACUUGUGUCAUAUGUUAGAGACAGACUAUACGGUGUACUUGUUCUUAGCAGCCCUGUCAAGCUUUUU